GCUCGCUGUGCGCAUGCGCGCGGCCCGCCAGCGGAUUGGCUGCGGCGGGAGGACACGCCCAGCUCUCAGGGAAGCUUGGCCGCUCGGGGCCGCCGUACGGGGAGACAGAGUGAGACCAGAGCUGCCAGCACCGAACCCGACACCGGAUCCAAACAGCACCGCGACCGACAGCAGCACCGGACCGGGGACACACGGAGCGCGGGGGGGGAGAGCACCGGACACGGAGAGAACGAGCCCUUUAACUGUGGGUCACAACUUCCGGUCUACCAGGUCAGAGGUCACAGGAAGCUCCACGUGCGAUACACAUUUGAGAUGUCUUCUGACAUUGGAGCACAGCUAAGAAGGAAUAAAAGGUAUAGAACAAAUGUUCAAGAAGAUGAAGAACUUCUGAUGAAAGAGGAGGCGCUAAGAGCUAAAAAUCUAAAGACGCUGGAGGAGAAACCAGACACGGAGAGAUGUUUGGAAGACUUGGUUUUUGGCGGGGAGGAAUUGUUUGUCGAGAAGCUAAUUGGUGAAACGAAGAGAAGAGAUGAGCCAAAUGAAAAUGUUUCCAGUAGUGAAUCAGAGGAUGACAGCCACGAACACGGAUCCCUUCUGCCAAGAAAACCAGCUUGGGUUGAUGAUGAUGACGAUAUUGAUGAAAAAAUUGAAAUGACCCAUCGUUACCGCAAAGGUUUCCAGAAAAGUAGACAAGAAGCUGCACUUAGUAAGGAGAAACUCCAGAUGAGAUUACGAGAAGAAUUCCAGAAAGCAAUGGGAGGGGUGCAAUCAUGGGCCUCCACAGAACACAAAAAGAAAGGUGCCAACCAAGAUGAUGAUGACGACGAUGGCAGUGAAGAAGAUAAUGAAGAUAAUCUGUUAAGUAAGACUGGCAAUUUGCUAACCAAAUCAAGUUCUCUACCAAGAGGUGUCUUGCAGGUUAAAAAGUGCCUGAGUGCUAAUCAUGAAAGACUAUCAAAGGUUCCGCUCUCAACCGUGCAGUUCCAUCCGUUGGCCCAAGUUGUGAUGACAGCGGGUGUUGAUCGAACAAUCUCCCUGUUUCAGGUUGAUGGGAAAUUAAAUCCAAAGAUUCAAAGCAUCCAUCUGGAAAAGUUUCCCAUUUUUAAGGCUCAGUUCAGUGCCGAUGGCGAACAAGUGGUAGCCACAGGAAUGCGGCAAAGACUGUUUUACAUAUACGACAUGAUGGGCGGAAACAUAAUUCCAUUUCACAGAAUAAGAGGUGUGAACGAGAAAUGUCUCCAGCAGUUUGAAGUGUCCAACGAUGGCUCCUUCCUGCUGUUUAAUGGGUCUGCUGGAUACCUUCAUUUGCUGUCUAUGAAGACAAAAGAGCUGAUUGGAAGUAUGAAGAUGAACGGAAAUUCUAUGAAAGCAGUGUUUUCACCAGAUUGCAGUAAAAUCAUUUCUAAUUCAGAUGAUGGCUCUGUGUAUAUUUGGGACGUGAAAAGCAGAAGGUGUAUGAGCAAGUUUACUGAUGAUGGCAGUGUGCAUGGAGCAUCUCUUGCGUUGUCCAGAGACGGGCGCUAUCUGACCUGUGGGUCUACCUCUGGCGUUGUGAAUAUAUACAAUUAUGAGGACUGUCUACAGGCAACAAAUCCCAAACCACUCAGAUCGGUAAUGAAUUUGGUAACCGCAGCGUCGUCCAUGGUCUUCAAUUUGCAAACCGAAAUCCUGGCUGUGGCUUCAAACAAAAUGGAUGAUGCUGUUAAAUUAAUUCACAUUCCAUCAUUCACCGUGUUCUCCAACUUUCCAACGCAAGGAAAUCGCAGAACCAUCCAUCUUCCCUCUGCCAUGGACUUCUCGCCGCGCAGCGGAUUCUUUUCCAUAGCAAACAAUAAAGGAGAAGCGUUGCUGUACAGAUUAAAACAUUACACGGACUUCUAAUCUGUGGCAGUUUUGAAUAGUAUUUUCUUGUCUGUUUUAUUUGGACCGGAUACAUCGAUCCCUAGAAAUUCAGUGAACAAUGAAGAUUCCUCCAACAUAAGUGGUUUUACCCCCAUUUAAGAACCUGACACAAAAUUCUGUAAAUAUGGACAGCUUAUCCAACACACCUCUUCAAUUUGUGUAUGUUACACAUCUGUUGUAUAAAUAAUGUCUAUAUUGUGAGUGUUCUCUGCCAAUCCCAAAAUAAAUAUCUUGUAAUAUUUUUA